CUUUGUAACAUAUGUUGCUCUACAACGCGACGCAGAUACGCGUGGUUCUUGUUGUCAAGCAACCACAGUAUCUUAUACAAAUUCUAUUCUUAAAAUCCACCCAACCAAACUAAAAUUAAUGAAGAAAACUCCAAAAACUUCAACCAACCAUAACUUCAACACACAACCCCUAAAAUUUCCACCUGUUGCUUCAACACAAGAAGAUCAGAAAAACAUGGUGGCCGUUUUAGCUCCUAUUUGAAAAAUAUUGUGUAAUUUGAGUGUUGACUUUCAUAUGAAAUUCUUGAAAACCAAAAACCAAAACAAACAGAAAAAACAGGGUCUUUGAUCAUUCUUUGAGCAACUUCUCUUCUGAGUUCUCCUAUUAAUGGCACCCAUUAUUUUGUUGAUAGUUUUAUCAUUUUUAUUCACUCCUACCAGUACCCAAAUUCAAUCCAACGAUGAAGGCUUCAUUUCUGUGACCAUAUCAGAAAAGGGUCUUGAUUUUGCCAAGGAUGUGCUCAUAGACAAGGCUAUUUCCUCCAUUAUUCCCCUUCAACUGCCUGAUAUUGAGAAGUUUGUGAAAAUCCCACUUGUUGGCAAAGUCUAUAUGCUUCUUUCAAAUAUUACAAUUUUUCAUGUUGAUAUUGCUUCCUCAUAUGUUAAUACUGGAGAGACAGGUAUUGUCUUAGUUGCUUCAGGUGCCACUGCAAAUUUGAGCAUGAAUUGGCUGUAUUCUUACCGUACUUGGUUGGUGCCAAUUGCAAUUACAGAUGAUGGGGAUGCAUCUGUUCAGGUUGAAGGUAUGGAAGUAGGGGUAACUGCAUCUCUGAAGAACCAAGAAGGAAAUCUUAAGCUCUCUGUGCUAGAAUGUGGAUGUCAUGUGAAAUAUAUCUCAAUAAAGGUGAAUGGUGGAGCAUCUUGGCUUUACCAAGGGGUGGUGGAUGCUUUCGAAAAGAAAAUAGCAACUGCAGUUGAAAAUGCUAUUUCCAAGAAAAUCAGAGAAGGGAUAAUAAAGCUUGACUCCUCAUUGCAAUCAAUUCCAAAACAAGUCCCAGUAUACAGCAUUGCUGUUUUAAAUGUUACUUUUGUGGACAAUCCUGUGAUGAGUAAUACUUCCAUUGAAUUUGAGAUUAAUGGUCUAGUAACCGCAAAGGAUGCAUUUGUAGUUUCAAACUAUAACCAUAAAGGAUGGAAGGGUUCUUCUUCCUGCAGCAGUCCUGCUAAGAUGAUCCAGAUCUCAUUACAAGAAACGUUUUUUAAUUCUAUAUCAUUAGUUUACUUUGAUGAAGAUUAUAUGCACUGGAUUUUUGACAACGUAACGGAUCAGUCCAUUUUGAACACUGCUGGAUGGAGAUACAUUGUUCCUCAACUGUAUGAGAAGUAUCCAAAUGAUGACAUGAAUCUUAAUAUUUCUGUCUCUUCUCCACCAAUCAUAAAAGUUGCAAAGGAUGACAUCAAUGCUUUUGUUAACUUAGAUGUGACAAUUGAUGUUAUCGAUUCUGAUGAAGUUAUACCAGCUGCUUGCAUCUCAUUGGAGAUAAGUACAUCGGGCUCUGCAGAAAUCUUGAGGAAUAAUUUAGCUGGUAGUGUCAGAUUGAAAGACUUCUCUAUGUACUUGAAGUGGAGUGAGAUUGGUGACUUGCAGAUGCAUCUUCUUCAGAACUUGUAUUUGCGAAGUGACCAUCACGCCAAGGGUGCAUGGCGGUUACAAGUUUCUGAAGUUGACAGUUCGGUUAGUGUUGUUGCUGUUCUUGUUUUUUUUUUUAAUCAUUUAGACAUACUUCCUAGUGGCACAGAAACUCUGACUAUUUAUAUUUAUAUCAAGCACCAUAAAUAUUCAGAGAGUGAUGGACAUGGUGAUCUAGGAGUCUGAGUCAGUGAGCUAAAAGAUGCAUAGUUCUGGAUCUCAUUAGUCUUAGCUGUUCAUUCAGUAAUAAUCCCUUGUGAGCACUUCUGCACCCAUGGCCCGGGUGGGGGAAAGGAGGUUUAAAAUAGGUUCUGGGAAACUUUUAUUUUUUAUAUUUACCAAAUUAUACUGUGAAUGUCAUGUUUAUUGUAAGAUAAAAGUAUUUGAGACAACAAUCAAUUUAGUUCCUCUUGUUUAUUGCAUUCUCUUAAUCGAAUAAAUGGACAUUACUUUCUUGCUAUAAAUCUCA